GUUUGUAAAUCGACACAGGAACGAUCUUAUAGUUUCUGUUAGAAAUGUAAGGAUACAUUUCUCAUUUAUGCAAAGAGUGGUGUGGUUAUUUGCGUCUGUUCAACGAAAGAACUCUUGAUGAAACAAAACGUCAUACCUCUGGCUAAAUCAUCGUACUUGUGUGUAAUUGUUGGGUGACCUGUGUGUGUUUGUAGAUUUAUUCCAUCGAUAUACAAGUAUUGUUGUGUUUUGGCGAGAUGCAUUGUGGUGUGUUAUGAAUCAAUGCUAUCCGUUAUAAACUUCGACACUGGAUUACUGUACAGCACCACAGAACACAAGUCUCUUCUGUUACUCUAAGUGAUUGAGUGUGGCGAGAGAAGCACUGGAAAACAUAUUGGUGAUGGAUACACUUAUCAAAACUUCCAGAAUACUGCACAGAAAGUAUCAAGGGACUACGAGACUUUGUCACCUAACUCAGAAGUAUCUUUUAUCAUAAAACGACUAUUUUUCCAAAACGUUUUUCCGAUAUCACGUUUUUCAGUUAUGACGUUACAUAAACAUUUUAACACCACACAUACGACUCAUCUACUGUCAAAAACCUGUCAAAUAUGACGUCACGUCAACAAGGCACCACAACCCGUGUUUCCGGUGCAGCAAAGUCAACCAAAAAUGACCCGGCGGCUCGUCAGGGGUCAAAGAGGUCAGGGCAGCCUCAGAGUCGGCAAAUGUCGACUGGAUACCAAACAGGAGGCGAGUCGAGAUAUCAACAGACACGGAUGACUCGACAGGGAUCACAGGGUGUUAGUAGACAGACAGGGCAACGGGGCAGUAGACAAACGGCGGGGACAACAAAGUCCAAUAGGCUGGUACAGAGUAGGCUUUCAAAUCAAGUUGUGUUUCGUCACGAGUCGAGUCGAGGCGGAGAUUCAGAGGCGAGGAGUUAUGCUUCACAGUACGAUGAUGAGGAUGAUGAGGAUGGCGAGUACGAGGACGGGGACGAGGACGAGGAAGGGGAGUAUGAAAACGAGGAUGAAGAGGAAACCGAAGGCAGCGAGGAUGUACAAAGUACUUACAUAGAAGAUUAUUACCCGGAGUAUGCUUCAAUGACAGGCAUAAGAAAAGUCCAAGGUCCAAGGGUUGAAAUAAUGGACGGUCCUGAUCCGUGCCAUUGUUUCCCAAAGAAAAGUAACAAGCACAUCCCAUCUAUGGUGUAUGAAAACAUCACGUGCAAACAUUCUGGAGUUAAAGGUGAGGCACAUGCAGGUGUAUUUCGGUUUGAUUUUAAUUGGAACGAAUUCAUGGAGGAACCAAGACGGAGAAAACGAAGUCAAGCUCCUCCUAAAACUAACUUUGUAAAGGGAUAUCCUAAUCCCGAAUUUUUAGGGGAAUAUGUGGAGGAAGGUGAAGGUGAAGAUGAAGAUGACGAUGAUGACGAUACCAAUCAACAAGACGAUGAAGAAAUUGAUGAUGAUGAGGACGAUGAUUACACGUACCAUGGUGAUGAAGAAUUCGAAGGGCGAUGGGGAAAACAAUCCGAUGAUGAUGAUGAUGAUGAUGAUGAUGACGAUGAAGAGGAAGAAGACGAAGAAGAGGCUGAGCAACAGAGAGCUUUAGAAGAAGCCAUGGCCAAACCUAGUGGGAUACGCGCUAUUAUACCGUUGCCUCAUAUAGGGUAUUCCCCACCCCCUUCUAGGGAAAGAUCUACACCUUUGUCCCAGCGUUCUGUCCCGUACUCUCUGCCCCCACUGCCCGAGAGCCCUUUCAUGUCUGUCCAAAGUCGCCAGUCUGCCCAGUCAUACGAAGGAUCAGGGGUCGGAAGUCGUUUGGACAGUAGGGACGCGCGCAAGGACGGCAAGUUCCGGAUAAAGAAAAUCAAUACAGUGCGCCGUUUCCAGGGCCGAAUGUAUGAUCCAGCUUCCAAAAAAGUGGUUUCCUAUGACAUAACGCCAUCCUUCAGAGCUAAUCUUGACACUUGGCACGCCAACAUCGACAGUGGAUCUUCCGCUGCUUCCGGAAGUCGCCUUUCGCUCCAGUCCGGAAAUCGUCGAAGUACCGUACCGAGUCGUCGGAGUGUGAAAGUCGAGAGUCGUCAUACGAACAUUCCAGAGGAAGAUGACGAAGACGAAGAAGAUGAUGACGACGACGACGAUGAAGAUGACGACGACGAAGAAGACGACGAUGAAGAUGAUUAUUGACACUUAUUGUUGUCAGUAGUAUGCAGUGUCAAAACAUCCAUUAUGCUAAUUUUCGUUUUUUAAGUAUCCGUGUGUUCCUUCAUCGGGUUCGUACCAGCAUUACGGUAUCAUGGAACGCAAAUUGAAUAUCAAGCGAGUUCCCAAGAUGGCGGCCUUCGCUCACCUCAAACAUAAAAACCGAUCAUUUUCCUUUUUUACAGUGUAACGGAUGUAAAACAUUGACUUUCAUAAUUCAUAAAAUGUCAUCGCUAACGGAGAGUCCCCGUCUCGUUUAAAAAAAAAAAUUACUUUUGCAUAACAAAGGAAGAAUCACAGUUACGUCAUCUCGGAUCCAAGUGAUACGUAUGAAGAAUCCAUCCACGAGAACCGAUUCGGUUCUGUUGGUACAGAAUGUUCCAUUACGAGUAUCGGUUCGGUUCUACUGGUACAGAAUGUACCAUUUCGAGUAUUGGUUCGGUUCUACUGGUACAGAAUGUUCCAUUAUGAGUACAACAGAUUCAUACCGGUACAACUGGUACGAACCCAAUAAAGGAACGCAUGGUAUGUGAACGCUACCGGCAGAAGAAGAAUCAGUGUCAUUUUGACGUUUCUCCUCCCACCCUUAAGACUAAUGCUAGACCACUGGAGGACGCAAACAUUGAGUGGUAUAAGGAUUCUCCAGGACGAGAAAAAGGUUUCUCGAAUAUUUCUAAAUGUUGAUUAUGUGAUAAAUGUAUGUAAAAUCAUCUAUUCGUUUCUUACUUUAAAAUAGUGUUGACAGAAUCCUUCAGAAUACAUCAUUUUAAACUUAAUAAUGAAAUUCAUCUUUUAGAAAAUGUUAUGAUAGGGAGAGCUUGAAAUGUGUUGUAUGUGGUCCCGUGGAAAAUUCAAAGUUAAGGAAUUUUGAUGAAAGUUGCAUUUCAUUGAAUGCGAACGAGUAGCGCAAGGGAGGUAACUCAGGUAGUGAUAUCACUAAAGUCAUCGUAACUUACCGUUUCCAAUCGUCUGGUGUACGCCGUCGUGCGUUGUCCGUCGGACGUCCGUAAAUAAUUUACGUUUCUUCUCAGAAACCCCUGAACCAGUUUCAGUAAAGAUUUACUGAAAUCUUCCAUGGCCAAAGGUCAAUCGAAUCCACACCACUAGUGACACGGGGAAUGGGACAAAAAGUAUCCAAUUUGAUAAACUUUCAAAAUGCCUCUCCCAAAGACUCAGAUAUAUGGAAGAAUUGAAUUUUUUCUUCGAAAUGGAAGGGUCUUACAGGUCUUUCCCGAAAUAGUGAGUUUCAACCACGAAGUCUCGCGUUUUCCCCUGGGGAAGGAAUAAACUUAACUAUGUAGUUUAUGUAGCGUAACAACAUGUUUGAGUGGUUUCCCAUUGGAAAUAAUUGGAUCUUGGGCUGGAUUAUUAACUGUGUGAGAGGACAUUUUGAUGGAUGCACAAAACCUCGGUUGACCCCCGGGAUAGGCGUGACCAAAACGGGUAAAAUUGAUCGAAAGUGUAACAACUUUCUUCUCCAAUCCGAGGUCCGUUGUUGGAAAGGUCUUCAAGUGUUUUAUGAAAAUGGAGAAUAUUUCGAUACACCAAGGCGUGACAUCCGUCCAUAGGGAGCGGAUGAAGUUUAUUAUAGUGGAAAUAGGGAAAAGACACUUUUUUUAUACUUUAUAAGUUAAUUCAAACUCUAUUGAAAUUAAAACUCAAUCCAAAAGUAUCAAAUUAGCUUAAAUUCCAACAAACUAAUACUUUUCAUAGUA